AUGAAGCUGAUCUGCGGCAAGUCAAGAGUCGCUCCGCUGAAGGAGCUCAAUCGAGUGGACAAUGUAGGAGUUUCGCCGGCGGAAAUGACGAUUCCAAGACUGGAGUUAUGUGCAGCCGUGUUAUUGGCGGAACAGUUGAAAACAGUGCGCGAAGCCUUGGAACUUGACUUUCAACGUAUAGUUCUGAGGUCCGACUCAAAAAUAGUGUUGUGUUGGUUAGAAAAACCGAGCUCUACCCUGCCAGUAUUUGUUCGAAACCGUGUUAUGAAGAUUCUUGACUUGACUCCAGAUGUCGAGUGGAAGCAUGUUGGUACAAAAGACAAUCCUGCGGAUCUCGUGUCCAGGGGGGUCCAACCAAGGGAGUUGAUGAGAAGUGAGUUGUGGUGGAAUGGUCCCGGUCUUUUGGAUGGUGCGGAUGAGGAAGUUGAUACAGGGUAUCUUGAAGGUGGUGACGAGUGUGAUUAUGUCUUAAGUGUGUCUGAAGAGAUUGCAGCGGUGGCGACACAAGAUCGCAGACUGUACGACGUGAUUCAAGGCCGCAGUGAUUAUCGUAAGACACAGAGAAUAUUCGGUUACGUGACUCGGUUUAUUCACAAUUGUAAGGUGAAGAGACUAGGUGUCGAUCGUAGAAGCGGCAGUUUGCUUGGUGUUGACUUCCGUGAUUCAUUGUUAGCAAUGGUGAGAAUUGUUCAAAACGUCGUCUUCGAUGCUGAAAUCAAGAAUAUUGAGCGGGGUAAACUGGUGAAGGGUAAACUUCGAAACCUGAACCCCAUUUUUGAUAAGGGUGAGAGACUGCUAAGAGUAGGGGGUAGGAUCAGACAUUCGGACUUGCCUAGAGAUCAGAAGCACCCUAUAAUCUUACCCGAGAAGAAUUUUUUUACUGACUUGGUGAUCGAGACAAUCCACCGUGAACAAUUGCACAUCGGACUGAAUGGGUUACUCGCAAAGGUUCGACAACAGUUCUGGCCAGUUAAUGCGAAGCGAACAAUAAAUCGUGUAUUGGGAAAAUGUGUGAAGUGUUUUCGUGCAAAUCCAAGGGAUGUUGUGCAAUAUAUGGGGGAUCUUCCAAGUGUGCGCGUAACAGCUGCUGAACCGUUUUUACGAACUGGCGUAGACUAUGCUGGCCCGUUUUUCUUGAAGGAAGGUCGGUUCAAGGCCCCAAGGAAAGCGUUUAUAUGCGUUUUCGUAUGUAUGUGUACUAAGGCAAUCCACUUAGAACUUGUGGGUAAUUUAUCUGCGGAUGGAUUUGUGUCAGCGCUGCAUCGUUUCGUAAGUCGAAGAGGAAAUGUUGCAGAGUUGCGAUCCGAUAACGGCACCAAUUUUGUUGGGGCUAAUCGAAAACUGACGGAGUUGAGAAAGUUACUGGUGUCGCAGGCAUUGGAUAACAAGGUCACGGAGUUUUGCCAAUCUCGUGGUAUAACUUGGAAAUUUAUACCACCGCGUGCACCCCAUCAAGGGGGACUCUGGGAGGCUGGAGUUAAGUCCGUGAAGAACCAUUUGAGUAAGGUCUUAAAUGAAUCACAUUUAACUUAUGAAGAGAUGUGCACUUUGCUACAUCAAAUAGAAGCCAUACUCAACUCGCGCCCGAUGGUUCCGCAAAGUGACGACCCUAUGGACUAUCAAGCACUGAGUCCCGGACACUUUUUGGUUGGGCGGGAGUUAACAGCUAUUGCUGAGCCUUUCUACGACAACGUGAGGGAGUCGACGUUGUCUCGGUACCAAGUGAUCCAACGAAGGAAGCAAGCGUUUUGGCGUCGAUGGUCUGCUGAAUACGUUACGGAACUGCAGAAACGUGGCAAGUGGUACAAAGAUCCAACCUUGUUACGUGAAGGAUUGCUAGUAAUGUUGAAGGAAGAAAAUUUGCCUCCGUUAACGUGGAAGAUUGGACGAAUUGUUGAAACACAUCCGGGCAAUGACGACAUCGUUCCCGUGGUAACCGUGCGAACUAGUUCCGAAGUCUACAAACGAGCGGCGACGAAAUUCGCUGUGCUGCCGAUUGACCAGGGGAACGACAACCAAUUUUUUCACUAUGGAUUUUGA